AUGGUGGCGGUGUCGGCGGUUUUCGAAGAAAGCGCGGAAGGAGAACAUCCGAGAAGAAAGGGAGAGACGGGAAGAACUGAUAACGACGAGGAUUUUUUUGCAUCUCCUCCUCCUUCGUCUUCUUCGUCUUCUUCUUUGAACACUCUUUGUUCUUCAUCGUCCGGGAAACGGAAAGAUGGAAUUUCGUCGUCGUCUGGAAAAAGCAGUCUCAGCGCGUCUUUGAAGAGCGAAACGGAGGAAGAAGAAGAAGAAGAGGAGGAGGAGGAAAAAGACGACGACGACCGGGAGGAGAACGACGUUUCUUCGUUACUCGAACGACUCGCGCUCGGCGACGAAAAACGCGACGGAGAGGAGAAGAAUUAUACGAACGCCUCUUUUUCUUCUCUCGCCUCUCGACAACCUGUUGUUGGAGGAAAUGCGUUGAAGACGAAAGAUUUGCGAGGCGUCGCCGAGUACGUGAAUUCAGACGCGUGCAAAAACAUCGUCGUCAUGUGCGGUGCUGGCGUCUCUGUGAGCGCGGGGAUACCGGAUUUUCGAACACCUGGGACGGGUUUGUACGACAACUUAGCGGCGUAUGAUUUACCGUACCCGCAAGCGGUUUUUGAGAUUGGAUUUUUCAAAUCCAAUCCGGAACCGUUUUAUUUACUCGCGAGUCACUUACAACCGGGGAAAUUUGAACCGACGAAGACGCACAAGUUUAUUAAACUAUUAGAAACGAAGAAGAAACUGAGAAGAUGUUUUACGCAAAAUAUCGACAGUUUAGAGACGAAGGCUGGUGUGAGCGAAGAGAAAGUUGUCGCGGCGCACGGUAACUUUGACACGGCGAGGUGUUUGAGAGGGCACGCGCAGGACGUAAAGAAAGUGAUGGAACACGUGGCGAGAGGCGCGCCGAUGCGAUGCGAGCAGUGCGAGGAGUACGUGAAACCAGAUAUCGUAUUCUUUGGCGAAAAUUUACCGGUUCGGUUUGGGAAGUUGGCGAAAGUUGAUUUCAAUCGCGAAAAUUGCGAUUUGCUCAUCGUCAUGGGCACGAGCUUGCAAGUGCAACCGUUCGCCGGGCUCAUUGAAUAUCCGGAUAUCGAUUGCCCGAGAAUUUUGAUCAACAGAGAGAAAGUUGGCGAGGUUCCCAGCAGACGCGGCUUUUUUGAAAGAGGCACGAGUAAAGGCAGAGGGUUUGACUUUUCCGAGGAAGGGAAGAGAGACGUUUUGUUUCUUGGCGAUUGCGACGAGGGCGUGCGUCAGUUAUGCGAGCAUCUCGAAUGGGAGUUAGAAUGA